ACAGAAUCUAGAACCAACUCAAAUUUCCGACUUCUCUCCCUGCGUUUCAAUCCCACUCUCUCCCUCUGUAACUUUGUGUGGAAUGAACUGUUCCGAACCGACUAAACAUUUUCUCGUCAAAAACCAGGAAGAAACCUCAAGAAAUGCCACCGUUUCUUGCCAUCCAAACCCACGCCGAUUAAACUUACGAAAUUAAGAAAACUUGGGCGAGGCUCAAGUUUUUAUUUGGGUGUCGUGGACAAACGAAGACAAUGACGGUCUGUAUUUGUGAGUUUUUUGUGUUCAAAGGUUUUUGUGGCGGUGGUGUCGGGUUGGUGUUGAAUGGAUUCGGUGUAUAGCAUAGCUCACCCAUCGAUUUCGACUUUUGAAUUUACGUGGUGGUGGUGGUUGGUUUGAUCGUUCGAAUUUGAAUUCGAACUUGGUUGCUUCGAGUUCAAGGAACGGGAUUGUGGUGUUUUCUAGUAGGUCCUCACCAAACGUGAUGGCAAAUAACGGGAAUUCUAAGCUGAAGAUUGUUACUGGUGACGCUGGUUAUGUCCUCGAGGACGUUCCUCAUUUCACAGAUUACAUUCCCGACCUUCAUACUUAUCCAAACCCGUUGCAAGACAAUCCUGCAUACUCUGUUGUCAAGCAGUAUUUUGUCAAUGACGAUGAUACUGUUGCCCAAAAGAUCGUUGUACACAAGAAUAGUCCAAGAGGAACACAUUUUAGACGUGCUGGACCCCGUCAAAGGGUUUAUUUUGAGUCUGAUGAAGUACAUGCAUGUAUUGUUACAUGUGGUGGCUUAUGCCCUGGCAUCAACACAGUGAUCCGGGAAAUAGUAUGUGGCCUCUACAAUAUGUAUGGCGUUAAGAGGGUUGAGGGGAUAGAGGGAGGAUACCGAGGUUUUUAUGCUAGAAAUACAAUCCCUUUAACGCCCAAGAUUGUGAAUGAUAUCCAUAAACGUGGUGGAACUAUUAUUGGAACAUCACGAGGUGGUCAUGAUACCACAAAGAUAGUUGACAGCAUUCAAGACAGGGGAAUUAAUCAGGUUUAUAUAAUUGGAGGAGAUGGGACGCAGAAAGGGGCAGCUGUGAUUUAUGAGGAAAUUAGAAGGCGUGGUCUCCAAGUUGCGGUUGCUGGGAUCCCCAAAACUAUUGAUAAUGACAUUCCAGUAAUUGACAAGUCUUUCGGCUUUGAUACUGCCGUUGAGGAAGCUCAACGUGCUAUUAAUGCAGCUCAUGUUGAAGCUACAAGUUCUGAAAAUGGUAUUGGCCUUGUGAAGUUAAUGGGCCGCUACAGUGGGUUUAUUGCUAUGUAUGCUACGCUUGCCAGCCGAGAUGUUGACUGUUGCUUGAUUCCGGAGUCACCCUUUUAUCUUGAAGGAGCAGGUGGACUUUUUGAAUAUAUAGAGAAACGACUCAAAGAAAAUGGGCACAUGGUUAUUGUCAUAGCUGAGGGUGCAGGACAGGAUCUUCUUUCUGAGAGUUUGCAAUCUACUGAUCAGCAGGAUGCAUCUGGAAAUAAGCUUCUCCAGGAUUUUGGGCUGUGGCUUUCUCGCAGGAUCAAGGAUCAUUUUUCAAGACGAAAGAAGAUGACCAUUAAUCUCAAAUAUAUAGAUCCUACAUACAUGAUCCGUGCUAUUCCUAGCAUUGCGUCUGAUAAUGUGUACUGCACACUCCUAGCUCAAAGUGCAGUUCAUGGAGCAAUGGCAGGCUACACAGGCUUUACAGUUGGGCAAGUCAAUGGCAGACAUGCUUACAUACCCUUCAAUAGAAUUAUAGAGAUACAGAACAGGAUUGUGAUAACGGAUAGGAUGUGGGCAAGGCUAUUGUCUUCAACGAAUCAGCCCAGCUUUUUGAGUGCCAAAGAUGUCAUCGAAGCCAACAAGGAGGAAGAACCACCAACUCAGCUGUUAGAUGAUACUUGCACCGAUAACAAGUUGAAUCACAAAGAGAUUAUGUGCUGA